AUGGCGUCAGUAGUGCAGCUGACGUUGCCCGAUUCAUCCGAGGAUGGUGGGUCUGAGCGGGGCGCUGGGUCGGCUGAGACCCAAAAUCGCCAGGCAGCGACACGCACAAAGACUGGCGGCUUGGCGCCCGGCCUUCGGGUGCGGAAGCCCCCGACGGCAUUUGCCCGCCCCGGCAUCGUGCGCAAGUCUCUCGUCGUACCUGAUGCCCCAGUGACUGCGCAUCAAGAAUCACUCAACGCCUUGCGCCGCCAGGCGGCUCGACUUAAGCAACGACAGGGCGCCGCUGCACGCUAUGGUUCCGCGCGACCUCAAAAGUCCCACCCCGAUGCAGUCCAUGAUGCGCCUGCCCAGGAUCAUGAGCUGGGUGAUGCCGAGCCAGCGGCGGCAGAACUGCCCCAACCUACAGACUUGAAUUCGAUGCAAGUGACGCCAGGGGCCACAACACGCCGUGGUGAUACCAAACGGCAUCCAAAAGGAAGCAAAAAUGGUGGUAAACGCACGGUCAUGGAGGAGCUGAAGCGCCUAUUGCAGGAUGAGCGUGCUCUCGAGCGGCAGCUGCAGCACGACGUAUUCCGACGCUUCCACAACCAGCCUUUGGUGGAUCCGGCCAGUCUACAGCGCCACGCUGAAGAACUGGCCGCGCAGCGCCAGCAGGAGAAGCAGCAAAUGCAAGCACAGCUAGCUGAAACGCGAUCAGCAGUGCAAGACUUGGCCGAGCUGCUCCGCCAACCCGAUCGUGAUCCAGACUAUGUGGCGCGCGUCAAUACUCGGGUACAAGGGUGUGAGAGCCACAUCCAAGAGUUCAAAACCUCACGCGCCGAUGCCUACGAAAUGCUUCUGCGUGAGGAGGUGGCACUUGGACGGGAGCUAGAGCUGCUCUUGGCGCAAUUCGAGCGCUGGCUCCACGACAACCGCCACCCUGGCAUGCGCAAAUCCCGAACCGGUUUGCACGCACGACCUGGUACCGCACCCGCCCCCGACCUGCCCCCUGAGGUUGGCCAGUACGAGACCUACUUGCAUGCACAUGGCGGCAAGCAAGGGGGCUGGGAAACAUACGAUCACGGCGUUUUUGUGCGCGUGUAUAAAAAGCAUCGUGGUGCACGCGGGCCCCUGGUAGCUGAAGUGGCCGAGCAGCUGUUGGGCAAGACCCGUGACAACGUGGAAGAGCACCUCGAGUGGUAUGAAGAGCUUCGACGUCUAGACUCGGUGCGGCGGGAGGCGGUGGCUCAGUGGCGUGCAGCCCGCGCUGCUCGCGAGGAGGAACAGCGCCAACAGCAGCGUCAAGAGGACGAGGAGCGCUAUGCACAAGAGCAACAAGCUGCACGUCGUGCCGCUGAACGCCUCCAACAGCACCAGGCGCAGAAGCAGCGCGAACUUGAGCGAUGGCGCCGUCAGCGUGAAGAGCAGGAGCAAGAAGAGCGCCAGGCGGCUGAAGCGGCACGGCACAAACGUCAGCAACGAGCUGCUGCUCAACGUGCCGCACGUCAAGCGGCCUUGCAGGCAAAGGUGGCUGAGCAUUCGGCCCGCAAGCAGCAGGCGCAGGCUGAAAAGAAACAACUGACCGACACCCUGGAGCGGCAGCAGCGCCUCGAGGCGCAACGCCAGGCAGCCAAGAUUCGGGAACGCAAUGCCGCAGCCAUUGCGCAGCUUGAAGCCGAUAAGAAACGUGAAGCUGCUCAAGCCGAAGCUGACGCAGCCAAACAGCAGGCAAAACUGGAUGCCCUUCGCGAUAAGGCAAGCCAUGUUUGGCCUGGAUUUUCAACCACCAUGCUCCGUUUUUCUCCCCCUAUUUUCCUCCAGCCGGAAUAG